GUUCUGUUUAGUGUAGCAUAUGCGGUGAGCACCGUUAUUGUCUCCAAUUGCCAAGAGGCGCGCCUUAUAUCCGCAUCACUAACACAGCAGUAAAACUUCAAUCGAACUAACUUUUUGCUCGGAACUUGCGCGACGACGUCUUCGCGCGGAAGAACACGGCCAGGCGCACGCAGGCCUGGUUUCUGUGGCUGUUUCGAAUGUGCGAGCAGCGGCCGGCUUCGUCCCGGUUUUCAACAUUUGUCGCGUUUUUCGCUGCUGCAAGAUCUAGCCGAGCAGUGUUUUGGAUUCUACGGCUACAUAUCAAAGGAUUGCAUAGGACAAUACUACCCGCUCGAACGAAGAAAGGCACCACGAAGGGGCUUCUGUUCUGGCACGAAGGAGACUUGGCCGGUGCUUUCGAUUCGGCGCCCUCGGUACGGCUCACACCAGACGCCCCUGGGCGAUAGGCUUCCAUGAGUUUUGCGGAUCCCUGCAAACAGUUAUAAACUACACUGAUGCUACAACCCAACAAUUUCAAUCAGGAGACUAGUCCAGAAUUCCGAACACGCAUUAUGGCAAGCCACGGAUGCUCUGCAGACGAAGGGCCCGACUUCGAGUGGAAAUCACCACCGGACAGCAAAAGUUUACAGGGUCCUGCCGUCGACUAUGAGAUCCCUUGCACUGCUACCCACCAAAGAAUCUGCCACAUUGUCCAGUAUCUGCCUGCUUGGAACAAAUGGCUAUGUUACAACCAAUCGCAGCUUCGAGAAUCAACGGGAAAGAGCGGACAGUUUUCACUGGUGGCCUGCACUGCGCCUGUCCCGACAACACCUACGGUAGAUAAACUCCACAAGCGGCGUAAAGCAGACAUUUUCCUGAACUGGCUACUAAAGACGCAUCGGUGCGUUGGAGAAAUUGACUUGACGCACUGGCCUCCCUUAAGCACCGCCUUCGACCACUCACCCGACCUUCUUUUCGACGCUCUCUCACAAAACUCAUCCGUUAAAGUGCUAAAGUUGAAGUCUAACAACAUGAACUACCGCCUUUGUGAUGCCAUUUCCUCACUAGUACAGAUCGAAGAAUUCGAAUUCGAAUACGCCUAUGACAGUUUCGAUCGCACUCCAAUGCCCUCUGCACUGUCGUCACUCCUACGGACGGCGCAGUCUCUGAUCUCCCUCAGGAUUCCAGAGUUGCGCUUCGACGAAGCUCAAGCCGAUGAAUUUUUGACAGCGCUCACCACAAACAAAACUCUGCAGGCGCUAUCAAUCCGCGAGAUCAUGAGCUCUCACCCUUUGUUGUUAAAUCGCUCUGCGUUCGCCGAGUUUCUGAAGAGUACGUUGACACUCACCACUCUGACCAUUACGAUCCCAUUUUCUCCACCUUACCAGCCAGCACGAAAUCACUGGCUGUGGAUCCUAGAGGGUCUCCUUAAGAACGAGACAAUUCAGAAUGUGAGUCUCGCAUACGUGAUAGUGGAUGUAGAGAGCUCGGCGCUAAUAACCAAAAUUUUCGCAGAGAAUAAGGUUAUUCGCACAUUCGAAAUCAUUUCAAAGCGGGAACGUUUGGACGCUCAAUAUACGUCGAUGUCCGAAUGCUGGCUUCGGGCCCUUGCAGAGAACAAUACACUAGAAAAUAUUCGAGUACCAAUUAGCAUGUGGACGUUAAAACAGUGGAAGCGCUUCGUCUGUACAAUGGCGAAGAAAAAAAACAUGAGAACAGUAACCAUUGGAGUGACCCUUGCUGAUCGUCCUCUGCUGCCGGAGUUGUGUAAUAUGUUGAAAGAAACAGGUGCUGAAGAGAAGGUGUCUCUAGGAUGGUUUAGCGUUGGAGAAGAACGUGGAAUACUCGAAUGCAAGGCAAUUUCUCAGUUGUAUGCUUACAAAGGACAAUAUGCUAAAGCGGAACUCUGUGGCAUUUUGAAACUCUUGCCGUCACUCCAUCACGUGAAGUUCCUUUCUUUGAACAUCGCCGUUAGAGACUUAGACGCCGGACUAUAUUCAGCCAUCUGUGAGUACAUCACAGCAACUAGUGCGCUGGAAAAGUUAGACUUGAUGCUACGAAGCGAUGGAAUUGAAGACAACGCUGGAGAUCCUCUCAUGACAGCUCUGCUAGAGUCGCUUUCUUGCAACAAAAGCAUUAAGCACCUCGCUAUCUUUGUAAGUCACAUGCAACGUGAGCAAAUCGAGCUUUUGGCUGAUGUAAUACUACUCAGCAAGUCAAUCCGAACCGUCUGCUAUAACGCAGAAAUCUCCCAUAAUAUGGACAUCUUUCUUCGGCGCUUAUCCAUAGGCAUCGCGGACAAUUACCAACUCCUCGGCGUCAAUUCAGGCUCCUUGUCAGAAACACAGAUGCAAGCUUUUGACGACUGCUAUAUCGUUCUGGAAGUUACACGCCGAAACAGCAAUCUACUUACGAGAGCUGCUGCAUAUGUGAGCGGUCUUCGACAAGACAGAUGCGCUGCCUGUGCACUGGACCGAGUCGUUCACCACGCUGCGCUGCCGGAGGAGGUCGGCAAGGUAGCUUCAGUGAGCGAGGCCGAUGCAUCUGCAAUGGUUCGUCGGGCGUUCGCACACCUGCAGGGCUUGGACGACUACAUGCGGCUCUCGGGAGUCGUGCGAGAGAGAGUUGUGUGCUACCCGCGCGACGACGAGAGUGUCCAGUUGGACUGCCUCAACGACUAUUGCUGGGCUGCAGUGAGGCGCUACCUGUUCAUUGACGACAUCAAGGGCUCCACAUUGACAUGGCCAUGUUAUUAUUAAACAAGAUGGACACUUUA